AUGAUGUGGGAGGUUCUCAGGACCUGUUCAACCUUUUUUUUUAUAUAUAUCUUCCAACCAUGCCUCGCUGCCCACUUUCACGAUAUUAGACGAAACAAUCAGCAGCAAGAUGCCGUUUGCGCCAGUUGUGGUCAAACAGAGCAUCAUCGUCUUUCGAAUCAAAAUGUGAGUAGAGCUCUUUUUGAAGAAAAGUGGUUGAUGAUACGACAUUUAAUUUGGGUUUUCU